CAGUUUCACGCCAUUCUGUAUUCCUGGCACCGUGAUACCUGCACUCAUCACUGUCUACUAUAUUUACGCGAUAACAUCCUGGAAUCCCUUAUCAAUGAAACUAACCCAAUGCAGAGCGCGAGAACGCGGCCCACUUUUUCAGGCCUGGCGAUAAGCCUGAUCGGGUGCGCAGGAACGCCAGGAUGGCUACAUAACCGCCGCCAUUCCCUCCUCCAGACACCUCGAGUCAGCCAAGUAGCCUUUCACCAUGGGUCGUUUGCCGCAGACUCGCUACCCCAAUCUGGCCACCGAUCCCCGGUGCUAUUUGGGCCUCUGCCUCGUGCUGAUCGCUCUGCUCGUCCAGACCCACUGGGUUAGCCUUCCCAGCCCACACUCCCAGCCAGGUCCCGCCGUGCUGCGACUGCAACAGCAUCAAGCCGAGCAGCUAGGGAAGCAAUUGCAGAAAUGUCAAGUGCUUCAGCAGCCUCCGGUCGUUGCUCAGGUUCCUCCCCCAGCCACCCGAACGAACCCUCGAUGGAUCCCAACCGGCCAGAACCAAACCAUCAUCCUGCGGAAUGCGACCUUGUUUGACGGGGAGUAUACUAUCGACCACCCGGUAGAUAUCACCUUCCGCCAUGGUGUCAUCACCAAUGUUGCACCCACCCAAAGAAUAGCCACCGAGCAGGGUGAAGUCUUCCAAUUGAAUGGCCGUUUUGUAACGCCCGGCCUCGUGGACAUGCACUCGCACCACCUCGACGUCCACGACGAUCUGAACGAGAUCCAUCCGGAUUCGGGCCCUCUCACCCCAUUUGUCCGCGCUUUGGACAGCCUCAAGACUUACGAUAAGACGACCACAAUGUUCGCUUCCGGGGGCGUCACAUCCUCCCUCAUCCUGCCCGGUUCCGCCAAUGUCAUGGGGGGCGAAGCAGUCAUGGUCAAAAACCGUCUGAACAGCGGCAAGUAUGGGGAACAAGUAGUCGAAGAUCUCCUGCUUGAGCGAGGUAUCCCUCAUGCACAACGUCGCCGGUACAUGAAGAUGGCAUGCGGUGAAAACCCAAAGGGCCUCUACGGUCAUACCCGCAUGGGGAAUGCCUAUGUCUUCCGAAAGCAAAUGAGCGAGGCUCAGAAAUUGCUGAAAAGUCAGGAUUCCUGGUGCCUUGAGGCUGCCGCUGCCCAAGAAACAGGUGACACCGAUGCAAUUGCCCAAUUACUGUCCAACGGGGGAUUGCCGGAAAACUUCUCCCUCGAGUCAUCCGUCUCCAUGCUGCGAGGCCAGGUGGGCGUCAACAUUCAUUGCUACGAGCCUGAAGAUAUGGAAGCCAUGAUUCGGCAUAGUGAGGAGUUUGGCUUCCGCAUCCAGGCGUUCCAUCAUGCGCUUGAAGCGUGGAGAGUGCCGGAGAUGCUCAAAGCCAGCGGACAGAACAUCACGGUCGCGACAUUUUCUCACUUUGCGCACUAUAAACACGAGGCAUAUGAUGCGAGCCUGUAUGCUGGGAAGAUACUUUCUGAACAUGGGGUGCCAGUUGCCUACAAAUCGGAUGCAUCCGAUGAAUUUCUCAACGCGAAAUAUCUCCUAGCUCAAGCAGCAGAGGGGCACUCGUUUGGUCUUCCAGAGAAUGAAGCACUUCAAUCUGUUACUAGCGUACCGGCAACGUCUCUGGGAAUGCACGAUCGGAUUGGCUAUGCAAGAGCUGGCUUUGAUGCAGACCUUGUUAUUUGGGACUCUCAUCCGUUGUCAAACGGGGCAACUCCUUUGCAAGUCUACAUUGACGGCCAGCCCACCCUGAACGACACACUGACUACCGUGGCUUCGGGACAUCCUAUGUCCCCAUCCACGCGUCCAGACAUUUCUAGGGACCAAAAGGCCGAUACGUGCAGCCAAUUAUGGCAGAAGCACGGAAAGUUCUUGAUUAACGGAAUUAAGAAGUCCUUUAUUCCUGCUCCAGAUACCGAUUUACCGGUAGACGAGCUGGAGAUGGUGCUUGAGAGUGGGCGGAUCAUCUGCAUGGGGGCUGCUGGUCAUUGUGCCGAGGCUGCUAUCGACACCGUUUCAAUCCAGCUGGAGAACGGUCAUCUCUACCCCGGCCUGACUGCCGUUACUGCAGGUGGGCUUGGCCUGGUGGAUAUCGCUACGGACCCCAGUACCGGAGACGGGGGAAGCGCAAUUCCACCCGACAAUGUGGCCAGCGAAGCCUUGGUAUAUGCGAAAUAUGGUCUGCGCAUACAAGGCAAGGAUCUUGUGAGAGCUCAGCUGGGCGGCAUCACCAAAGUCGUGACCGUUCCGCUCGCGCCAAACGAACAUAGCGUGUUUCUGCGUGGAGUUUCGACAGCAUUCCAUGCCAGUGGUCAAGGUACGAUUCUAGACGGCCGAAUUCUGAAAGAUGAUGUUGCACUACAUGUUGUGCUGGGUCAGGAGGGAAACUCUCCCAUCACGGCGUCGGUCUCUUCUGCUAUCGGUCUUUUGCGACGGAUUCUGAUCGAGAACCAAGGAUCAAACAACACGUAUGGCCAGGUGGUGAAUGGCUCUCUGCCGCUUGUGGCGCACGUCAAAAGCCACCAUGACAUGCUGCAGCUCGUCCAAGUGAAGAGAGAUAUCCCGUCUGUGAACAUGGUUCUUUUCGGAGCCGCCGAGGCAUCCCUCGUGGCCGAGCAACUUGCCAAAGCAAACAUCUCAUUAAUCUACACCGCUGUUCAACCCAAUCCACAAACCUGGGAAGGAAAGGAUGUGCCUGUUGGACCGCCUCUGACGGCAUCUCCUAUCGAGGCAUUGGUUAGUGCGGGGGUGAAAUUUGGCAUCGCGCAAUCGGCUUUGGGUGAUUCAAACAUCCACAACUUGGUGAUUGACGCUGGGUUUGCUCGUAAGGUUGCGGGGUUGAGUGAAUUGGAUGCCGUGAAUCUGGUGAGUAAGAACAUCGAGGAGAUUCUGAAUCUUGAUGUGGAGAAGAGGGAUUUUGUUCUGUACGAAGGAAAUCCUCUUGAAUGGGGGGCCCGGGUCGUGUUCACGGUCGACGGGGCAAAUGAGAAGGUGGUUGAGUGUUGGCCUGAUGAGGAUUGAUCGUGCUGGUUGAGAUAUUCAGUAAUAGACUGUACCCUUCACAAAC